AUGACAGAAUCACCCCUGAAAGUGUGCAUCGUGGGCUCGGGGAACUGGGGUUCAGCUGUUGCAAAAAUAAUUGGUAAUAAUGUCAUGAAACUUCAGAAAUUUGCCUCCACGGUCAAGAUGUGGGUCUUUGAAGAAAUGGUUAAUGGGAGAAAACUGAUAGACAUCAUAAAUAAUGACCAUGAAAAUGUCAAAUAUCUCCCUGGACACAAGCUGCCAGACAAUGUGAUUGCAGUCCCCAAUCUCAGCGAGGUGGUGUGGGACGCAGACCUGCUGGUGUUCGUGAUCCCCCACCAGUUCAUCAACAGCAUCUGCGACGAGAUCUCUGGGAAAGUGCCCAAGGGCGCGCUGGGCAUCAGCCUCAUCAAGGGGAUAGAUGAGGGUCCCCAGGGGCUGAAGCUCAUUUCUGACAUCAUCCGAGAGAAGAUGGACAUUGACGUCAGUGUGCUGAUGGGCGCCAACACUGCCAACGAGGUUGCUGCCGAGAAGUUCUGUGAGACCACCAUCGGCAGCAAGGUCAUGGAGAACGGCCUCCUCUUCAAAGAACUUCUGCAGACUCGAAAUUUUCAAAUUAAGGUGGUUGCUGAGGCAGACGCUGUUGAACUGUGCGGCGCUCUGAAGAACAUUGUGGCCGUGGGAGCCGGGUUCUGCGACGGCCUCCACAGUGGCGACAACACCAAAGCUGCCGUUAUCCGCUUGGGGCUCAUGGAAAUGAUCGCCUUCGCCAGGAUCUUCUGCAAGGGUCGCGUGUCCAAAGCCACCUUCUUGGAGAGUUGCGGCGUGGCCGACCUGAUCACUACCUGCUACGCGGGCCGGAACCGCAAGGUAGCUGAGGCCUUUGCGGGGACCGGAAAGACCAUUGAAGAACUGGAGAAGGAGAUGCUGAACGGGCAGAAGCUGCAAGGACCACAGACUUCCGCCCAGGUGUAUGGCAUCCUCAAACCGAAGGGACUGCUGGACAAGUUUCCAUUGUUCACGGCGGUGUACCAGAUCUGCUACGAAGGCAGGCCUGUUGAAGACAUGUUGUCUUGUCUCCAGAAUCAUCCAGAGUAUACAUAA